GCUCCAGGUCGGCCACAGAGGAUUUGUGGGUAGCUGCCCGUGUCCUUGUAUAAGCCUGUGUUAGUGUUUGCUGUUUCAGAGGUAGAAGCUCGGCCCCGGUCUCUCGUUUUGUUUGCCCUCUGAUACACCCGAACCAUGCUGGCUGCCCGGUUCUUACUCCGCCGCUCCGUUCCUGCAUUCUGCCAAGCUCGGUGCUACGCCGACGCGCCAUCCGCCUCAGUGGCCCAGAUGUCCUUCACUUUUGCUUCGCCGACUCAGGUGUUUUAUAAAGAUGCUAACGUGAAACAGAUCGACGUUCCCACCCUGACGGGCGCGUUCGGUAUCCUCCCUGCCCACGUGCCCACGCUGCAGGUCCUGAGGCCCGGGGUCGUCGUUGUGUACAGCGAGGAAGGAGCUUCAAGCAAGUACUUCGUGAGCAGUGGUUCUGUGACGGUGAACGCAGACUCCUCUGUGCAGCUGCUGGCUGAAGAAGCAGUGCCGCUAGAGAAUCUGGAUGUAGCUGCUGCCCGGGCUAAUCUGGAGAAAGCACAGUCCGAGCUGAUGGGAGCUGCAGACGAGACAGCCAGAGUUGAGGCUCAGAUCAGCGUAGAGGCCAACGAGGCAAUUGUGAAGGCACUUGAAUAGAGACACGUUCAUGGGAGUUCUUUGUAUUGGCGUGCAAGUGGACGUUGCAAUCCCCCAAGUUGCGUCAAGAAACACAAGACAACAUUUGCUUUGUACAGUGGAUCAAAUUAAUACCAAUAAAUUUAUUUCGACUGA